AUGAGCUUUGAUGGCUAUUCGGCUCAUUCGCCAUCUUCGUCGCGCGUAUCGUCGUCUUUCUAUGAUUAUUCAAGCAUAAGCGAUGUUUCUUCCGAUUACCGACCUUCUCAAAUGUCAAACUCUCCGCAGAUGAUAUGUGUGAAAACGGAAAAGCCCAGCCCUCCACAAGCUUGGAUUCCUCAUAGUUAUUCACCGUAUGAGGUUGGUGCCUUCAAAUCGGGCAACCCAAUGGGACAAUACGAAGUUUUGCUUUUUUCUUCAUAUAAUUCAGAGCGGACAUCUCCACAACCUAGCGGUUUAGUGAUACCGGUGGGAGGAAAAGCUUUACUGAUAUGUAAAGUAUGCGGUGAUAAAGCCAGCGGCUACCACUAUGGCGUUACUUCCUGUGAGGGGUGCAAGGUAAGAAAAGCUUUUGAUUUAGAGAAAAAACUGCGUCGUUUGUCAUUACUUUUCCCUACUGCAUUUUUUUCCUUUUUUCAUAGCUGGGUACUAUGUGAAAUCCUUGUAGUUGUAUCUUAUAUUGUGUAUUUUCUACAUGGUCCGUUAGCGCUUCUAUGUCUCACAACCGCCCGGGUCCCAACAUUUCUUGCAUUCUAUUCUUUUUCCUCGCAUUCAUCAUCCACAAAGGUCUUCGAACACUUUUUGUUAUUUGGCGCUGCUUGGGGAUUUCGUCAUCUUUAUGGAUGUCGUAGAAUGCUGCUCAAGUUGAUUCUCCUUGUCUUAAGAAUAGCUGUGCAAAGGAGUUCACACCCACGUGGAUUGAGGAAGAAUAUUGGGGAGGGGGUCGAACCAGCACCUUGCUUCCUGCCACCUUGGUGCAUAACUAAUCACUCCACUACCUCCCUUGCCCCACCCCAUUAUUAA